CGAUCACCUAUAAACAAAAUUGAAAAAUAAGUGUCAUUUCAGUGUUCGUGCAGUGUGCGUGUUUGCGUGGGUGUAUAUGUGUACGUAUGUAGUAAGAACCAACGUAGUAAUUAAUAAGUGUAAAAAAAAUGCGACGAGGAUGCGACGAUCUGACUAUAACGCUUUUCAAAUUUGGCCUUUUAACAGUGCUGGCAGCACAGUGCAUUUUUCCCUAUCCAUACCAUCAAGCCGGUCGUGAUGAUCUUGAAGACCUUAUAAAUGAAACUGCUGAAAAUGUUGAACAGUUCAACCUCAAAAGAAUUCGCAGAAAUGUCUCGAGGCAUCAAAAUACACACCGGCCAUCACCACGAGCGAGGCAGACAGAUUUUGUGUUUCCCGAAGAAAUAAUUGUACCUGCUUGUAAAGGGUCCACGUAUUGUGAAACAGUGGAUAAUUAUCCGAAAGAUGCAGUAAAUCGGGCGAUUCAACGAAACGAAAGUAUUAAAUACUUAGAAAGUGUAGAUAUAAUUGAUUUAUCACCUGUGGAAGAGAGGAUAGGUCAAACAGAUGAUAUAUCUCUCUGCAUGUCCAUGGAACACCUUAUAUAUCCUCAAUCAGCUAAAAAUAAAGAUAACGAAUGGAAGUUUGUUGCAAAUCAAGAAAAUUUGAAACAGGGUGUACGAAUUGAAAAAUGUAGCAGAGAGAAUACAAGUUGUACUUCAAUUGGAAGUCUUGCUGCAGGUUACAGGACAAACUGUAAGCAAAAAUACGUUUACAGAGAACUUGCAUCGGUGACGACAAAUGGUACAAUCGCUCCGGAUGUAUUUAUGUUUCCAUCAAGUUGCUGCUGCCACGCAUCGUUUAAUGGAAAUGUACUCACAAGAAUGGGUGUAGACAUUGUGGAUCAGAGAAGUCAAAUGACACUUAUUAAAACGCGAAAAAGAAAAUGAACAUUUGAAUCAAUGUUACAAAGAAAAUGAAGCUCUAUCAGAGCAUUUACCAUUAUGCCUUCAACUCUUUGAGAGUUUCUGAACAAAUAUGCACUCACGGCAUAAUCAUUGUUGGCCAAAAUCAAGUCACCAUAAACGUUCCAUAGAUUGGAGUCUACUGUUACAACAUUAUAAUAUUAAACAUCAUUCCUUUUCGCUCUCGGUAAUUUAGUUUUUAAGCAUAACGAUAUAUAAUAUUAUAUGUAUAUGUGUAUAUAUAUGAAUACACUAAAAGAAAUAUAAGUUUUAUGCGAGAUAAUCUACCAGCUUAGCUGGAAUAUUUAAACUUAGAAGUGAUAAGGCUCGUAGAUGCGAUGAUCCAUGAUUUAUGGAUGGUCUGAAACAGGCACAGAUUUGUAUCGUGGGAUACUGUGUGAUAUGUUAUAGUCAUUGAGGUCAAUAUUGUGAUUUUUUAACUUAAGAAUACCUUUUUAUAUCUGUUUUCAACAAUAAUAAAUAUUUUUUCACCAAGCAAAACAAUUAAAAUCAAGGGUAAUAUAUUUGUUAUCCGUGAAGAAAAAUAUCAGCUGCUUAUAGCUAAUAUUUUAUAAAUUAUAAAAAUAAAUAUAUGUAGAUCGUUUGGUAAACGAAAAAAAACAUAUUUUGCUUCAGAUAAUUAAUAAUCUCAGUUUGCAAGUACACAAAAAUUUAUUCGUACAUAUUAAAUACAAUGCUUACAGCUAUAUUGUAGUUCUUGUUCUGACAUAAGAUUUUGUUCAUGGUUAAUUGUACAUUAAUCUUUAUAUUUUUGCCGAAAUUUCGAAAAUCUAAAUAAAAUACAAUGUACAAGGGAGUAAAAAUCUAUUGAAACAAGGUUACAUUUAUGUGUUACAGUAAGUUUAUUAAUUUAUACUACUUCCGAAUAAUCUUAUACUAAAUAGAUUGUACAAAAAUUUUGUAGACGUCACUGCCUCUUUUCAAUUUUUUUUUUUUUGUAUGUUUUUCCACUGGUUCAUGACCAUAUCUCUAAGAGAUCACAAUUUACAUGUUUAAAAUAUAACAAA